UUUGGAUUAAGCUGGAAUUUUGCGGUAUUCCCCAAGGCGCAAACCGAAUAGAAUAGCGUUAGUGUUUCAGCUAUACGAAACGUUGCAUUUUCUUGAUUAUACAGCAUGUAUGGCUGUUUUAGAAUAUACUCCGGACUUGGCUGCGAAAAUAUUAUUGUUAUACACCCUUAGGGCGUCUCCUACCAAAAACAAUUACCUUAUACAUCGUACGCAGCAGGAAUAAGACGCUUUUAACUUUAUUUCGUACUCAGUUUUAGCUAGGCAGAGAAAUAAUGUUUAGAUACGUUAUCCUAAUGCUUUGCAUUUUGCAUUAUAUCAACUGCCAUACAUUGGACAUGGGAACAUGUUCGUGUUCUUGCCGCGAAGAUGGAAACGGACGUGUGUCAUCGUCACGUGGUGCAGCAGGACCGCCGGGAAAAGCGGGGCCGCGGGGCGAACAAGGGGCCAGAGGACUGCCUGGAGCUGUCGGGCCGCACGGACCAGGUAAGAAAGAACGAAACUUGCAGAUAUAUUUGAAAAAACACAUUUUUUCAGGUUUUGUGCCCAGUUUGGGCAGCCCGACAAACCCGGCUUCAACCUGCACACGAGUAAAACAAUCGGGUAUUUCUGACGAUGGUGUCUACUCUUUAAAAUCGCCAGGCGGUACCAUAUACCAAACCUAUUGCGAUAUGACGUCAUCAGACGAUAAAGCUUGGACGCUAGUGGGCAGUAUACACGAGAAUAAUAUUUUGGGAAACUGUACGGUCGGUGAUAAGUGGUCAAGUGAAGAAGGGAAUGUGAAUUAUACGGGUCUUACAUCAUGGGAGAGCAUGACGUCAUUCGGAAACGUUGAAUCAGUGACGUCACAAGAUUUCAAAAAUCCUGGUUAUUUUAAUAUUGAGUCAAGGAACAUCAUGAUAUGGCAUGUGCCAAACGAGACGCCUCUUAACCAACUUAAACAGCACUCAAGGUUUCAAUAUAAGACAACCAACAACUUUUUGGAUGCACAUACCACUUUACAUGGUUUGUUCAAGCAUGGAUACCCCAUGCGGAAAGUACCAGACAAACAUGUGAAUGUUGUUGAAAACUUUAUGGCGAGCGUCAUCAACUCGACAGACCGCAUGGUGGCGGCAAUUCCACGCUUUUACAGAUACAGAUAUGAUUGUAGAGGUACAAGAGGAACGUGUAUAACUGACGGAGGACGCGAUCUUUUUGACACCGGCAACAGGAUCCAAUACUCCAUCAAUGGCGGAAGGUUAUCUCCGUAUUUGUCUUACGGAGAAAAAUAUCUGCCGGACGGAGUGGAGAUUUUGUCUUGGAACGAAGGUCAUCCCUUUGUAGCUUUGGUGUGGAUAAAAGACACUACAUUGAUCACCUCUUUCAAGUUAAAGGUAACAAGCAAUAUGGGAGCCGAUGGCCAAGGAAAUGUGACCACUAAAAGAGGUUCGCUGCAGACCAACAGGUUGUAUUUAUCAUACAUUGCCAACCAAGUCAGUGGAACUAGAGACCCAAGUGGAGCACAAGUGUUUUUUCACGUUUAUGACAGAACGAACACGUGGCAGUCCAACCCACCGACACGUUUUUCAACAACUCUCUGGCAGACCAGAAAUACUCAUAACCUGAACAAUGAAUAUCUGUUGAGUGGAUCGUUACGGAAUAUAGUUGUCGGAUACGUAUUGUUGUCAAAAAGUUCUGGUAGAGUGAUAACACAACCUGAAAUUACAGCAGCACUUCGCGUUCUGGCAAACCGACUCGAAACCGUUGACGUGGACGCCGAAAGAUCGUGCAGCAAUGAAAACGAAACUCUGGUAGUUCCCGUUAGUUUUAUAAAGGGGGAAUCGUCUUUUAACAAUUCGAUCCCACUAAGUAUACGAAGCUCGUUCAUACCUGGUUUCGUCCAUUUUCUAGCCUACAGUAACCUGGGCUUUCCAAGCGCAUUGUGCCCCGGUGUUAAAUCUAUUGGAUGUCGCCCGUCAGCCAUGUGCGUCGGAGGGUUGAACACAUUCGCGUAUAAGGGGAAUCCCCACGAAUGUGGGGACUUUGACUCCAGAGGCCAAAGUGACGUCACAGAUACGUUAUUGGUUUUCUAUGACGGAUAAAUGCUUUGUAUUUCAAGGGUAUUGCUAAUAAAGUAAAUACUUGAAUACCGAC